CCCUUUGCCCCCCCGGCCGCGCCGCGUGGGAGGCGGCAGCAGCUGCGGGCCAGGCGGAGGGCGGGCGGCCGGCGCGUUGGCCCGUGGGAAGCGGCGGCAUCUGCUCUUUCCACGCUCCUUCCCAGCGGCUCCCUCUGAAACCCAACCCGCCCGGCCCGGCCGGCCACCGGCGGCCCGUGCCCUCCGUCGGCCCGCCCCCGAGAUCGGGUUGCAGGACCCAGCAGCCACGCCGAGGUCCACGGUUCCCCGACGGCCGCUGCGAGGGAAAAGGGACCAGGGGAGACCAGCCAGAUGGCCAGACCGCUGUCCACUCCCAGCCCUUCGCAGAUGCAAGCCAGGAAGAAACGCAGAGGGAUCAUAGAGAAACGGCGUAGAGAUCGCAUCAACAGCAGCCUUUCUGAAUUGCGGCGUUUAGUCCCCACUGCCUUUGAGAAACAGGGCUCUUCCAAGCUGGAGAAAGCCGAGGUCUUGCAGAUGACGGUGGAUCACUUGAAAAUGCUCCAUGCCACUGGUGGGACAGGAUUCUUUGAUGCCCGAGCCCUGGCCGUUGACUUCAGGAGCAUUGGUUUUCGGGAGUGCCUCACUGAGGUCAUCAGGUACCUGGGGGUCCUGGAAGGGCCCAGCAGCCGUGCAGACCCUGUCCGGAUUCGCCUUCUCUCCCACCUCAACAGCUAUGCGGCUGAGAUGGAGCCUUCGCCCACGCCAGCUGGCCCCCUGGCUUUCCCUGCUUGGCCCUGGUCCUUCUUCCAUACUUGUCCAGGGCUGCCAGCCCUGAGCAACCAGCUUGCCAUCCUGGGGAGUGUGCCUGGCCCUGUCCUCCCCAGCACCUCCUCUCCUGCUUACCCCAUCCCAGCCCUCCGAACCACUCCCGUGCGCAGGGCCGCUGGCACCAUCCUGCCAGCCCGGAGGAAUUUGUUGCCCAGUCGAGGGUCAUCUUCUACCCAGAGGGUCCGCCCUCCAGAGAGGCCAGCUGCCCCUCUUCCCAUGGCCUCCAGCGGCAGGGCUGCCAGGAGCAGCCACACUGUCCCCCUCCUGCAGUCUUCCUCCCCAACACCCGCUAGUGCCGGGGGCUCCACAGCUUAUGUGGCUGUACCAGUCUCCAGUCCAUCUUCCACAGGGCCAGCUGGGAGGCCUGCAGGUGCUGUGCUCUACCACUCCUGGGUCUCUGAAAUCACCGAAAUCGGGGCUUUCUGAGCUGACUUCCUGACCCCCAUACCCCAGGAUUGCAAGAAAGGUUCUUUAUCAGAAGCUCUAAAUAUGACGCUGCCUUUUCUGCUUUGCUUCCUGGAUGGGCUGCUACGUGAAAGCACCUUCUUCACCCAGCAGAAGCUCCUCCCUCUCACCACUCAGCCCAGCCUGUCCACUCGGCUCCCAGGGAGCCCUUCUGAUCUCAGAGGCUUGGUCCCGUUUCUCACCUGCAAAUGAGUCCCUAAGAGCCCAGUCUGUUUGAAUCAUGGGCCUGGGAUGGAAGCUUGAACUUAAAGGAUACCAUGGUCCAAGGCUGGCUGCUCUAUGGGGAGAUCGGACCCCAGUCUGGAACAAUGACCAGCUAUAGCCAUCCUAGAUCAAGGAGCUGGAACAUACUGUCUGCCUCAUUUCCUGGAGAUGGUAACGGAGCAAGGGCCACUAAGAGGUCUCUUGGGCACCCUGUCUGCCCCUGCCCACCCCAUCACAGUGAAGCACAGGACAAAUCCAUUCUCCAUUACAGCCAGGCCUGGAUGUUGGAAGCCCAGCAGGUCUGCUCCUGCUCUCCUCCAGUUGCAGAUGCCCACCCUCCUUGAGACUAAGAGUUCCCUGCAAGAGUUUGGCUCAAAAAGCCAGACCAGGAGCUUCUGGGCAAUGGCAAAGCUCUGUGACAGGGUGUCCUCACUGCCAGGCGGGAGUCAGGAUUGAGCAACAGAGAACCCAGCUCCUGGGUGUGUGGUCUUUUUCCACUGGGGCACAGUGUGGAGGGGCCUUGGCCCUACGUGAUGGCACCCAGAGAGGCACCCUCUUGGGAUUCAGCACCAGACGUCUGAGCUGCCUGGUUUGCAUCCGGCUCAGAGAGCCCAGACUGCUGCCACAGCCAAGGGCUGUCAGACUGAACAAAAAUAACUGAGGGAGGGGCAGAGGAAGAACAUUCAGAGGCGUCUGGGCCCUUCAAGGUCACUCAGUGGGUCUAGGGCCUGAGAGCCUGUUCACCCAGAUUCCACACAGCUGGCUCUGCUCAGAGGCAGCUCCCAUUCCCCAGCUCUGCCUGAGGCCAUUUCCCUCUAACAGAAGGCCCUGCGACCCUUCCCAGCGGAACAGCAGACUGAACCUGCAUUCGGGAUCACCAUAUCAGGUGAUAAAGUGCAGAAACACUUCUGUGCUUGUUGGUAAACAACUGCUCCCCACGAACCCCAUGCCCACCACCACUUGGCAUUUCCCAGGACCAUCAAGAUCUGGUUAUUGCCUGACAGACCCAAGGCUGUGGGAUCCUAGAGCUGCGUGCUACACUGGGUUAUUAAAUAUUUUGAUGUCACCCCUGGUAAGAUUCUCUCACCCCCAGCCUUUAAUGGAACCACUUUCCCCAGAGGUAGCACUGAGAAGGCUCCACCCAUAGAGUUUGCAGAAACCAUGGGGGCAAAGGGCCCUUCGAGAGCAAUGGGGCACAGAUCAGUUUAGUGACCAGAAAGCUCUUUUGAAAAGAGAGAUUCCUCAAGGAAGGAUAAAGAGGUAAGUGUUUCUUUGACUCUGAAGCAGAGCUUGUUCGAUUAGGUUGCCGUCCUGUGGACCCCUCUGAGAAGUGCCAUAGCCAGGAGAGGUGGCAUUGCAGAGAGAGGGACACUGGCAGGGGAUGUUCCAGAGGAAGAUGGAUAGAGGGAAGGCAGGACAGUCACACAGGCUCCCAGAAGUGGGAAGAAGGGGACAGAGAAGGGGACAGAGGUCCAGACCAGUCUCACUUUCUCACAGGGGCACGCUCAGGAUGGGAAAAGAACCCCUAGCUCCUCCCCCUCCUCUCUCCUAUUGCCCCAUCUCCCCCACUUGCUCUUCCACUGCUCCCAGGAUAUGAGGGCCAUCUUUUAGUGCCCAGACCCAACAUUCAGUCCUGGCUGGGCUGUGGGAAACACAUUUCUAUGGUGUAGGUACCCAGCUCCAAAACAGUGCAUUGGCACCACUGAAAUAAAGGGGAAAUGGCCUGGCACUUUCAGUGUCUUGAUUGAUCUGAGGUUCAGGGGAAAUGACUGUGUGUUCCCAUGGAUGGGGAGUCAGAUCUUCUUUUUCUAUUCCCAAGCUUUCCAGGUACCCUGACUCCCCCACCCCCCACUGUGGGGGUGUUGUAGAUAACCAAUAGAGUUUUUGAGUUAUUCUAGAAACCUCCAGUAGACUCUUAAAUAUCUCUGGAGUCUGUCCACUUCUGUCUGAACCCGUUGCCACCACCUUGGCCUGGCCACUUCACCUCUCUCCCAGAUCCCCGUCCCAGCCUCCACAAGGCCUCCUUCUUUCCUUCUUCCAUUGUUCUCAAUAGCAGCCAGAGAGCAUCUGAACAUGUGCAUCACAUUAUAUUAUCUCUGGUUCAAACUCUUCUUCUGUUGCCCUAUUCUUCUUUUCUUUCUUUCUUUCUUUUUUUU